AUGGACUCACGCAAGAUUGCGGACGUUCUGGAAUCAGAGUACCCAGAUCCGGCACUGCAUCUGGAAUCACCGUAUCAGGCGCGUAUUGAGGCGCUGGUGGGCAAACUGCUGGGGCAGAUCAUGCCCAUCUUCGUCCCACUCGUCCCCAAGGUGUUCCUCAACCCAGCGUCGCAGAAGUACUAUGUGCCCUCGCGUGAGACCAGCCUCGGCAUGGCUCUGGACGAGUACCAUAAGGGUGCCGACCAAGCGCUGGACCAGGCCAGACCCACGAUCAAACAGAUAGGUGACAUGUUGGAUGAGAAUGCUUCGGGUCCGUACCUGCAGGGCCAGGAGCCCUGCUAUGCUGACUUCAUCGUGGUUAGUUGGAUUAGGAUGAUGGACGGCCUGGGUUGGGCAGAGACGUUCCUUGCCUGUGAUGGUGGACAGCAGAUCAAGAGGCUCUACGAGGCCAGCGCUAAGUGGUUGGAGAGGGAUAGCUAUUGA